CGCUGCCUUGUUUUUUGUUUUUUUUCCCCUUCGCAGUUCGAUUUCCUGAAUCACUCCAAACAGCCAGCUUCACUUAAAACCAGUGUUGGUAUGAAAUUGCAGUUUAACGCGUGACGUGGUUAUCUUCUACUAAAAGAUUGAUAUCAGGUUGUCUGCAGGAGCCAUGGCCAGCAAAUUUGAUUUUCCUCUUCAUGGAGCCUCUCUUAAUGUUGUGAAACAAUGUGGGCCUGAUCUGAUAGAUGUCCUUGAAAGCAGAUUUGGAUGUACAGUCAAAAUCCAUGGUGUGGAGUUUGAAAGAGACCCAAGCUCUGGACAAUCCAGAAGGCCAACAGUUGUCCCAGAAGAAAGGUUAUGUGUUCCACUCAAAGGUGUGAAGGUGUCUGUGUGGAAAGCCGAUCUCACCAGUUUCAGUGUAGAUGCUGUUGUCAAUGCUGCUAACUCCAGGCUACAACAUAUCGGUGGCCUUGCAGCAGCACUAUCCGACACUGGUGGCCCAGAGAUCCAGAGAGAAAGCGAUGAAUUCAUCAGACAGAAUGGUUUUGUGAAAACAGGAGACGCAGUUGUCACUAAUGCUGGGAAGCUACCAUGCAAGAAGCUAAUUCAUGCUGUGGGCCCACAGAUACCACAGAAUGCAACUUCAGCCGAAGUUUCCCAGGCUAAACUACAGUUGGCAGCGGCAGUUAAGCGCAUCCUGUCCUUGGCAGGCAAAUACAAGCUGCAUUCUGUCGCCAUUCCUGCUUUGAGCUCUGGCAUCUUCAACUUCCCCCUGCCGCUAUGUGCAGAAACCAUAGUGACAACCCUGAGAGACUACUCACCACAUCUUCCCUGUGACAUCCACCUGGUGAACCAUGAUGAGCCCUCUGUGUUAGAAAUGGAAAAAGCCUGUCAUAGGAUAUUACCCGGCCCACCCCCGUCAUACAGCCAGGUAACACGGGGUCGAGGGAGAGGUGCUGCCAGUGCCUCAGAAAUCACCGUCCAGGUUGGGAAUGUCACUCUGACACUGAAAAAGGGUAACAUUGAGGAACAGCGGGCAGAUGUCAUCGUGAACACCGCAUCACCAGACCUCAAUUUGUCAGCUGGUGAAAUUUCCAGGGCUUUGCUCAAGAAGGCUGGCCCAAAUAUACAAAGUGAAAUAUCUAAAUAUAAAAAUACUUAUCUCUCUGGACAUGUCAUCACCACCGGCUCUUAUAAUCUACCCUGUAAACAAGUUUAUCACACUGUAUGCACUGGAGAGAAAGAACAACGGCAACAGAUCCUUCACAACGCAGUAGCGGAAUGCUUAAGACUGGUGACCAAAAAUGCCCUCGGAUCAAUCGCCUUUCCAGCCAUCGGCACUGGCAACCUUCGUUUCGGAAAAGAGGAGGCUGCCAGAGUCAUGAUAUACGCAGUGGAAGAUUUCACCCUCAACUCCAGAGAGAGGAUGGACGUUUACUUUGUCAUCCAUCCAAGUGCCACUGAUACUUUCAAGGCUUUUGAAGCUGCAGUGAAAUCUCUCCAGGACAGGCCAUCUCCUCGCAGCCCUUUACACGGAUUUGAGCACAGUAAUGACUCUCAUGGCAGCAGAGGUCCCACUCCACUGAUCAGUGUGAGCAGCACUUUGACUGAAGAAGCACGUGAGGCCAAACAUUGGCUCAAUGAUGUCUUCAGUUUGUCCGGCACCUUCAUUGCUAGCAACAAUUUCAUCCAGUACUUUGGUGAGCAGGAAUUCCGGCAGCUGUCCCGUAAGCUCAAGAGGGGUGUUAGCAUUGAGGAGUUCUUGGAGAAAGAAAGUGCAGGUGUAAAAAUACAGGGGAUGUCAGUUGAGGAUGUGGCAGUUGUCAGGGUGCAAGUGGAGGCCAUGCUCUGCAGAAUCCAGAAGGACUUUGUUGAAGAAGAAAAGAGUGCCAUGCCAAAAAUGUCAAUCACCAGUGGAAGAAAGCCAGUGGACAGAUACACUCAUGAGUUUAAAUACAGAGAAUCUGUCUUCAGGAGUUCAAAGCUGUCUGUAAUUAGGGUGGACAAAGUGGAGAAUUCUGCUCUGAAGGACCUCUUUGAGCUCAAGAAGAAACAGCUAGGCCCUCCUGGUUCUCCACGGACCAUGUAUCAACGUAUACCUGCACAGUUCUGCGAAAUGGUCAGCCAAGUUGGAAUCCACAGAGAGUACACUCCACCUGAUGAUCCACGGUAUGGAAAAGGCAUCUAUUUCACUGGCAGCGUGCAGUCGGCCAUGGACGUAUGGAGGGACAUGGUAGAGGAGUAUCUCUACUUUGUGGAGGCCCAAGUGCUGACAGGGAAGUCUACCCCUGGUAAACCAGAAUUUAUUGUGCCACCUGCUGUGGGUGAGGAUCCAGCCAUCCUGUACGACAGUCUCAGCGGAGGAUCUGAUAUCUCCGUCAUAUUCAGCGGUCACCAGGCUCUGCCCACUUACAUUAUCAUCUGUAAGAAAAUGGGCUACUGAACAGUGUUUCCUCUGUUCACACACUGGGGUGACACCAAAAGCACAAAGCAUGGGGAAAAUAACAUGAUAUUUUAGUCUAAUUCGGCUUGCUCUAAAACACACUUGGGAUAUAACUGGGAAAUAUGACACCAAAAACUAAAAUUUUCCCCAAGCACCACUUCAGCAUAGAGGAAACACUGUUGUAAAGAAACUGAAUUGAUGCAAUUACUUAUUUUUUGAUCAUUACAACUCUGUUUUUGUGUUUUAUUGGGUUUGAUUCUAUAUAAUCUUGAAGUUGAGGUCAACUGAGUCAUUAGUUUGAAUUACUGUGUUUGUUUGCUUUAUUUUUCUUUUCAGCGAUUUCACGUAUUUUUCGGUGGUGGCAGGAAUUUUGCAAGGGGGGCUUUGUGAUUUGUAAAUGGAGAAAGUAUGUGACUUGAACGAUUGAGCUAACAUUUGCUUAUAGCCACAUCUUGUAUUUCAUACAGAUAAAUGCACAGCCGAGUGAUUUGUUUUAGUGGCAGCACGGUUUAUCUAAGCUGUCACAAGUGUCCUCUGACAGCAGCAGUAAAUGUGACCAGUUUUUGUAUACUGAAAUAAUAAAUCUGACUUGCUCUUGUUUAGAAAAAGAUGCAACAUCUUCCUUAGUGGGGCAGAUACUAAACUUUGGCUUAGGGGUGGGUAUACUGCAUUAGAGCUGUUUGACAAAUGUGUUACUGUCACCUACUAACAUGUUUCUGAGACACUGACACGAGCUGCUGCUGGACAACAAUUGUCUAACUUGUUUAACAAAAAUGAAGAAUGUAAGGACAGUGAGUUGAUGCUGACAGUGUACCAGAUACUGGAACCAAAAUUAAAAUGGGAUUGGUGUUGGAACA